CAAAGUUUUCAAAUUAAAACCACUUUAUGUAUUGUUUAUACUUUAUGUACCAUAAAACCAAAAACAUUGAAAAAGAUAUAGAAACAUAACCAUUCUCCUUAAUUAUUUAUCCACCAUUCUCUCUUAAAAAUAUCACCAACCAUUCAUCAACCAUGCCUACAAUUUCAAGAAGAAAAACAAAACAAGCCAAGAGAAAAACCAAACCUUUGAAUCUGCCCAACCAACAUUCUUCAGCUACUGCUCAACUUCAAACAAAAGGUCCAUUUGUAUGUGAAAAUCUUAGCAAAAUGGAGGGAAAUUUCAAUGGAAAAUUGCAUGAUGACAUGCAAAAAGUUGAAGAAGAAUCGUCGAGUGAAGAUAAAGAGGUGGCGGUUGAAGUUGAAGUGUCUGAUGAUGAUGUUUAUGAUGGAAAAUCCAAGUCUGUCGGUGAUGAACAUGUUGAGGCAUGCAAGGUGGUGGAAGAGGAAGAGGAGUCUCUUGAAUCGAGUGAUGCGAGAGAAGGUAAUCGAGUUGAGAAUGUUGAGGACUCGGAAACUGUUGAACUGGAAUUUAAGGAAGAGAAUAAGGAAGAACAAGGUGAAGAUUUUAUAUCAGUUGAAGAUGAUGAUGUGGUGGAGGGAACUGAAUUGGCUACUUCGAAGGAGAAUAAUGAAGGAAUAAGGGAAAGUGAAGUGGUUGAAACGGAUAGAGACGUGACGGUUGGUGACAAUGAGAAUGUUUUGUCUUCUUUGCCUUCAUUGGAUGUGGUUUCGGUUUCGAGGGAAUCUGAUGAUGUUGUUGAAAAGGUUAAGGGAAUUGAGGAAUCAUUGGUGAAAUCUACAUAUGAGAAAGAUGAGGAACAGUUAGAUAUUCAAGAGUCAUCAUCAGCUUAUGAAAGUGCUAAGGAGUCUUUUCAACCAUCUUCAGAUGUUCCUAGUGUCAAUGAAGAAGAAGAGUCAUCGGCUUAUGAAAGUGCUAAGGAGUCUCUUCAACCAUCUUCAAAUGUUCAUGAUUCUGAAAACAGUGCCAAUGAACAAGAUAGGGUUGAAGAAUCUAAAGGCAUUGAAAAUCAAGGGAGCAUUUUUUCUGUGACUCAAAGGCAACAAUCCUCUUGGAAGAACUGCUGUGGACUCUUGGAAAUUUUGAGGCAUGGUGAUAGAUGAUUCAAGUUGAGAGCUUCAGAGGAGGUUGUUGGUUCUUGCGCUAAGGUUGAUUGAGGCACUGCAAGUCACAUGCUGUGAUGGCAACCUUUUAUAGCAGAGUUAUUUUGUUUUUAUAUGUAUACGUUUAUUCUGAGGCAUGUUAUUUUAUGUUUUCUUGUUGGAUUUACGGUUUGAUUUGCUUCCAGAGCGGUGAGAUUGUCCCAUUCAGAUUUAAGUUUUCAUUUUGUAAACUUUCGUAAACUUGGAGUUAUAGUCCAAAAUUAUUUAACAGAAGCACGUUAUGUGUGUUUUUCUA